UCUACGACUGGUGAAAUAAAAAGAAAAUACGACACGAAAAUGUUCCUUCUUCCCGUUACACAAAUUUCACACAUUUUACGAAAUAAUGAUCGAAGUUGGGUUUGAAGUGAUUAACUAUUAGUACGUUUAACAGUAUAAUCAAAUGUAAAUUGAAGACACAAUGGCAGAACCAGAUCCGGCUAUCAUCAAAAAGACUCAGAAUUCUCUUGGAAAAUAUGUGAAAAAACCGGCCCUCACGGAUAAAUUACUUAGGAAGCCUCCAUUUCGUUUUCUACAUGAUGUGAUCAAUGUGGUCAUCAAGGAAACGAACUUCUUAAAGGGCCUGUAUACACCCGAUGAACUAAAUUCUGAUAACGUUAAGGAUCGGAAAUCGAAAAUAGCCUACCUUCAGAAGUUAAUCGAUGUGACUAAAGCGGUAACGGGUAAGGAUCUUAAAGUUCGUCCCUCCAAGGUUAUUGCAGGACUCGAGCCGGACAAAACAAAUGAGCUAUUACAAGCGAUAGGAUCAGCAUUGGAAAAAAAGUUAGACAGCACUAGUGCGGUACAAAAUUAUAUAAGCACGACUGCAAAUGAACGUAGAACACAAGAUGCACCUGCAAUUUCGAAUGGCAAACCAGCGAAGGAUGAGAAAAAAAGCGAAAAAAGAAGUAAGGAUAAGCUUAAAGAGAAAGAAAAAGAAAAAGGACGAUCAAAAGAUAAAACCAAGCGAAGCGAAGAGCCUUCUGAUGUUAAAAAAGAUGAAGCGACAAUAAAGAAGGAGAAAGUUGAAAAAACUAGCAAAAGCAAAGAAAAAGAUAAAGACAACAACAAAGUAGACAAACAAAGAACCGGAAAGGAAGAAACGAAAAAAUUAGAAAAAUCUAGAUCGAGAGAUAAAGAAAAAGGUAUCAAGAGAACAGAAUCAAUCAUAGAUGAGCCAUCUGUAGCAAACACUAAUCUACAGCUCAACAAAACUAGCGUAGAUAAUGAUAGUAAGGAUUCUCUCAAAGAAAAUGGUGAUACAGUAGAAUUAAAUGACACAAAGAAUACUAAGCUCGCUGAAGACGAGCUGGUAACGGUUAUUGACGAAGACGCCGAGCUUCGUCGGAUUGAAAGAAACUCCAGCCGUAGAUCAUCAUUGAAGAAACAAAGCGGUCUUACUCCUAGUGAAAACAAUGUUUUGGGAGAUCUUAAUCAAUUCAAUGGAUUGGACGUUCAAGAUCUAAAUCGGCAGAUUAAUGGUGUCCUGGGAGACGUUCUAUCUCGGCAUGAUUCUGACCCGGUCGAACCUAUUGCGAGUGAGCGGAUAUCUGCAAAAGUACCAGUCAACCGACAACAAUCUGUAGAUAGUGUAAUACGGCCGAGAACAAGUUUGAGGCCACCGAGUGUACGUCCGCCAUCGGCCAGACCUGGUGCACCAAGACGAAAGGAGCGAAAUGUGGAAAUAGUUCUGCAACCUAACGAGACUACUAAACUGGGAGAAAUCAAUGUUAAAAUGGAAGUAUUCAACAAUGAAUUACUUGAUGAUGAUGGCGAAAAUUUGAUUGUUAUUGAAGAUCCAACCCAAAUCGGGUCUGUUUAUAGUGAAACAACAGAAAUCGAACAGGAAAACAAAGGAGAGCUUGAUCAGGGACAUCUUGUCCAACAAAUUUUGGAGACUCAGAAGGAAUUUUCUAAUAUAACCGGUGGUGAACCGAUAUUGGACGCAGUGAAGAAACCGGGAUUGGAGUACACCACCAACCAACGGCAAUCAUCUUCGAAACAGAUGGAGAUCUUGCGGGAUUCGAUCCAGAAACUAACCCGUUCAGUUAAUCCACUCGGAAAAUUAAUGGACUUCCUACAAGAAGAUAUAGAUUCGAUGGAAAGCGAACUUACAAACUGGCAGCAGAACUACGUGGAAGCGGCAACCGCGUUAAACAAGGAACGAAGUGUCAAUGAGAAUGCAAUCGAACCGUUGAAACAUCAGCUCAGUCAAAUUGAGGGCAACAUCAAAGAGUACCGGGAAAUGAUCGACAUCACAAGGUGUAAUAUUAUUCAAAAUGAGUUGAAAAUCGAGCGACUAUACACGGUGGAGAUAUAAGAGACCUGUUUUAGGCGUUGUUCUAUGAAAUUUCAAAUUUAUGAUAAUAAAGUAGUACAUAAGACUAUAAUACUAUUUUCAGUCCAAAACUUUCGCUCAGCUGUCAUAGAAAGCUCACCUGAAAACAGACAGGUUGUAUAACAGUUCAACAUAAACUGUUAUGCAUCGACGAGUCUAAGACGAAACGCAAAUCUCAUAAAAAAGGUUAUGUGCCCUAGCACAAAAAUAGAUUAAUCCCUAAAUGACCAUCUAAAUCGACCAGUAUAAGUCGUUUGUUUUCGUUUUUCACGUCAAUUUUCGCGAAAAAUCUUUGCAAGGUGCACCACUUCUUUUUCGCAGGAAAAAAAGGUACUAAU